UUGCAUGCAGCCUUGGCUUACCCUGAGACAUAUGACUGGAUCGCACAGCACAAAGGAUAUUCACAAGAAUAUCAGCAGAUCCACUUCUUCACCAAACAGCUACGCUGCUCCAGUCCUUUUCGAGCUCCAUCCCCUCAUGGCCUUUCCUGAGUGCAACCCCUCCCAGGAAGACGGGAUUGAGGGCAAAUCACAGCCCACAGAGGAAUCAUGUCUACACAAGGCCUGGGCGCGCUUUCUCAAAGGUGUCUCCUACUUCUCAGGAGACAUGGAGGUGUUUGGAAAAUGGAUGGAGAAACAGUUUAUCUUGCUGCAGCUGCUGGACUGGGUUCUGCGUGGAGCGUCCCAGGUGAUGUUUGUUAACAACCCUCUGAGUGGCCUUAUCAUUUUUGCUGGCCUCAUUUUACAAAACUAUUGGUGGGCUCUCAAUGGUUUUGUUGGGACUCUCUUUGCAACCAUUUCUGCUCUCAUUCUGCAACAAAGCCGGGGUGCAAUAGCUGCAGGACUUUACGGGUACAACGGCAUCCUGGUGGGUCUCCUGAUGGCUGUGUUCUCCAAUGCAGGAGACUGGUACUGGUGGCUUCUGCUGCCUAACAUCUUUAUGUCUAUGAUGUGCCCAAUUGUGUCCAGUGCCCUGGCAUCCAUUAACAGCCGCUGGGAUCUGCCAGUGUUCACUCUUCCAUUCAACAUCCUGGUGUGUCUCCACAUGGUUGCAACCGGCCACUAUAACCACCACUUCCCUCAAGUCCUCAUUCAGCCACGCUCAGAGCUCCCCAACAUCACCUGGUCUGAAAUUGACCUGGCUAAGCUGUUCAGGUCAGUACCAGUGGGAAUAGGCCAGGUGUAUGGCUGUGACAACCCUUGGACCGGAGGGAUCUUCAUCAUCUCCCUCUUCAUCUCUUCACCCAUCACUUGUGCGCACGCCAUCCUAGGAUCUGCUGCAGGCAUGGUGUCAGGUCUGGCUCUGUCGGCUCCUUUCGAGGACAUUUAUUUUGGUUUGUGGGGAUAUAAUUGUGUGUUAGCCUGCAUCGCUAUUGGAGGAAUGUUUUACGCCCUGACUUGGCAGGUGCACCUGCUUGCCAUCACAUGCGCUUUUUUCUGUGCAUACCUCGGCUCAGCCAUAGCUAAUAUCAUGUCCAGGUUUGGUCUGCCGGCAUGCACUUGGCCUUUCUGCCUCUCUGCUCUGACAUUCCUUCUCUUGACAACGGGGACCAAGAGGAUAUUUAAACUGCCGCUGGCCAAAGUAACUUACCCUGAAAAAAACCUGGCCUUCUACUGGAGGAUGAAGAAGGAAGAGAAGGCAGAAAAAACAGAGAAAGAAAAGAAGAUGAUAGAAGAGCAGCUGAAUGCUAUUAAUGAGGAGAGGAUACUGGAUGAGAAAGAACAACUACAACAGGAGCUUAGUAGGAUGGAGGAGGGUAUGCAAUGUUGAAAAUGACGGGACAGGUGAAGAUGAUGACAGGGUCAAUACAGAAGAAAGAAACAGAGAAAAUAAUUUCACGCAGGUUGUUUUUGCUGAUUAUGUCUGAAACAAUACAGAAGAACUAAAAAUGUCUGGUGUCACUGUAAUGUGUGAAUGUAAAAACAUGUACUUGUAAAUAAAUUCAUUUUAACCAUACCAUGAAAAGACUGAUAUCCGAUGGUUUUAUAGAGGGUUUUAAAAGCUUGCCUUAAAACAAAGCUGAUGAAGACGACACAGUUCAGGGUGUUUUUGAUCUGGCAAAAUCUGUGAAAAGGCCUGGUAUCUGUCGCUAAAUGUUUUGUAUUUUAUUUGAUGAACUUUUAUCUAUGUAUGUGAAAAAUAUUCAUGGGCUCUUAUGUCAGCACUAUUGUAAUGUAUUUUAUUUGAUUGUGUCCAACAAGUCCACGAGGGCUA